GGCCUCUUGACUCCGCCCGAUAGCCCUAUGAAAAUGAGCGGCCGGCUUCCCGCGGAUCUCCACCCCAUGCUCAGUUCCCGGUCGACAUUCGAUGUUCGAUGUGGCGCACACUUGAGCCUGAGCAUCGCUUCGCAGCGUGCGGUGAACCACCACGUCACGCUGCUCGUGCUCAGCCUUGGCCCCGUGUCGGUGCAGGUCGCACCUUCCAAAGGAGGCUUCAUCACCCUCUCCGACGUCUAUGAAGCUCUCGGGGCUGCCCUGCGGGACUCC